AUGACAUUGAAGAGCUGCAGCAGCUACACUUACACGACUUGCCAGGAGCCAGAGAAGAAACCGCAAAGAAGCGGCCGCAAGCUGUUGACAGGACUUCUGCAGCGAUGCUCCGGGAUACUGCGUCAGGCCAUGCCUUUGCUUCCGUGGCUUUGUCUCGUGGCCUGCAUGGGUCCCCGUUUACGAGCUGAAGACGCACAAGCGGGUCGCAUGGCCCUUGUGGCCUUGUUGGCAACCUCUCUGCUAUUCGGCUGUGGCAUGGCAGGCUUUGGAGACGUGAAGCCAUUGAUGCUUGCGAUGCUUUUCUGGCAUGGGCCCCGACCGCUUGGCGACCGUUGGUGCAGAGCUGCCCUGAAGGAUGGAAACGAUAUUCAUUUGGAGCAACAUGCUGCUUUGGGUUUGGUACUUUUGGAUGAUCUGUUGCGGACGGUUCUGCACUUUCUGGCCAGUGAGCCUGCAGAGGCGUGGCCGUUUGCUCUGACUUGCCGUAGUCUGUAUCAAUUGAGCCAAGAUGAGGAGUGGUGGGAGAGGUGUUACAGAGAUAUGGCCUGGCAAAGGCUUCCUUCUGCAGAGCCUUGGCCACUGCCUAGCCCCAGACGACUACUUAGGGAGGCCUUGUUGUUAGCCUCCAUGAUGGCAGAGACAGUAGGGAUGAUGGUCUUGCUGCAGCCCCCUGCGAUUGGCUGGGCAGCAGCACCAUGUAUAGCGUCAACGCUGCUUGUCGUCUCCUCCUCUCCAUGGCUUCCGAGGCAGUCGAACUUGGUGCUAGUGGAGAUGUCCAGAUUGCUCAGCCUCAUUUGCAAGUUUGCUGUUUAUGUGCAGGCAGUAUUGCUGCUGCUCUCGACAACGUCGCAGUGUUACCUACCUUUAUCUUUCCGUCGCCCGGGUAUGGCAGAUAGCUUCGCCUUGAAGAGCCUGGAGACUUGUGCCCUUGCUGUAAUGUAUUUCAUGAUCGCUUGCCGACUUGUCGUUUGCUCCUGA